CGGCGGGUUCGGCGCGGCUUGGGAGGCGCGCGGCCGGCGGCCAGAGCGGCUUCUGGGAAGCCGAGUUUCGCGCAGACGGCGGCGGCGGCGGCGGCGGCAGCUGGUCCUUGGUCUGGAAGCUGGAGAGCAGGCCCUGGUGUUCACUAUUUCAAGAAAUCUUAUAUGGAAGUAUAAUCCUUCAUAAGCCAGAGAAAAGAAGUAUCCUGGUACAUGCACAUAGGGCCUGAUUGUUGGCAAUGACAUUGAUAAGAGGCUGGCAUUUCUAACUGCAGCUGUUCUAACCAGCUACUGUAUAAUCUGUCCCAGAAGUCAGACACUCAGAAUUUACUGUACUGUGAAUAGAAAUUAUGCAUAUUUGUGGGUCAGCAAAACCAAGGAGCAAGAGCUAUGGCAGUUGAAAUGGUCUGUUUGGUUCCAAGGUAUUUUUCCUGGGUUUCACCAUCAGGGACUUUUUCCCUUUCAUCUCAGCAACAAUGUGGCACCUUUUGUUUGGUGAAAAUUAAGGAUCCAGCAACAAGCAGAAUUGGUCAAUAAGCAGAAUUCAAAAUCUACCAGAAUAGGGUCAAUUGCAGCUGAGGAAAAUGAAAUUUCCAUUUUACUUGGUGCCUUGUACAGGGAGCACACUAACUCUUCUGGAGACAUCUGAGUGAAGAGGUUGAAUUUUGCCGAAUCAAAACUCAUGGUGAUGGCGAGUGAUCCAACGUGAUCAGAGAGGGCACGAGCCACAAAGAACUCAUGACGGGCUAUGCCAUGUUGCGUAGUGGGGGUGUGGGGAAUGGAGGUCAAACCUGUAUGUUACGCUGGUCCAACCGCAUCCGGCUCACAUGGCUCAGUUUUACCCUCUUCAUCAUCCUGGUUUUCUUUCCCCUCAUUGCUCACUAUUAUCUCACCACUCUGGAUGAGGCGGAUGAGGCAGGCAAGCGGAUUUUUGGCCCACGGGCCGGCAGUGAGCUCUGUGAGGUAAAACAUGUGCUGGAUCUCUGUCGCAUUCGUGAGUCUGUGAGCGAGGAACUCUUACAGCUGGAAGCAAAGAGGCAGGAGCUGAACAGUGAGAUUGCCAGGCUGAACCUAAAGAUCGAAGCCUGUAAGAAAAGCAUUGAGAAUGCCAAGCAGGACUUGCUGCAGCUCAAGAAUGUCAUCAGUCAGACGGAGCACUCUUACAAAGAGCUGAUGGCCCAGAAUCAGCCCAAACUGUCUCUGCCCAUCCGAUUGCUCCCUGAGAAGGAUGAUGCUGGUCUGCCCCUUCCAAAGGCCACAUGGGGUUGCCGGCUGCAUAAUUGCUUUGAUUAUUCUCGUUGUCCCCUUACUUCUGGUUUUCCAGUGUAUGUUUAUGACAGUGACCAGUUUGCUUUUGGCAGCUAUUUAGACCCUUUGGUCAAGCAGGCUUUUCAGGCAACCACACGCACCAACAUCUAUGUUACAGACAACGCAGACAUUGCCUGUCUUUAUGUGAUUUUAGUGGGAGAAAUGCAGGAGCCAAUAGUGCUGCGGCCUGCUGACCUUGAGAAGCAGUUGCAUUCUCUACCACAUUGGCGGACAGAUGGACACAACCAUGUCAUCAUCAAUUUGUCCCGGAAGUCAGACACCCAGAAUUUACUGUACAACAUCAGUACAGGACGUGCCAUGGUGGCCCAGUCCACUUUCUAUGCUGCCCAGUACAGGGCUGGCUUUGACUUGGUAGUCUCUCCCCUAGUCCAUGCCAUGUCAGAACCGAACUUCAUGGAAAUCCCACCACAGGUACCAGUGAAGCGGAAAUAUCUCUUCACCUUCCAGGGUGAGAAGAUUGAAUCCCUGAGAUCCAGCCUUCAGGAGGCCCGCUCCUUUGAAGAAGAAAUGGAGGGUGACCCCCCUGCUGACUAUGAUGACCGGAUCAUUGCCACCCUCAAGGCAGUACAGGACAGCAAGUUAGAUCAGGUCCUUGUAGAAUUUACUUGCAAAAACCAACCAAAGCCAAGUCUGCCUACUGAAUGGGCACUGUGUGGGGAGCGGGAGGACCGCCUAGAGUUGCUGAAGCUUUCUACCUUUGCCCUCAUCAUCACUCCUGGAGACCCCCGCCUGGUUAUUUCAGCUGGGUGUGCCACACGGCUCUUUGAAGCCCUGGAGGUUGGCGCUGUCCCGGUUGUGCUGGGGGAGCAAGUGCAGCUUCCAUACCAGGACAUGCUACAGUGGAAUGAGGCAGCCUUGGUGGUGCCCAAGCCGCGUGUUACUGAGGUUCACUUCUUGUUACGGAGUCUCUCUGAUAGUGAUCUACUGGCCAUGAGGCGCCAAGGCCGCUUUCUCUGGGAGACUUACUUUUCCACCACUGACAGUAUUUUUAAUACCAUGCUGGCUAUGAUUAGGACUCGCAUACAGAUCCCAGCUGCUCCCAUACGGGAAGAGGUAGCAGCUGAGAUACCCCAUCGUUCAGGCAAGGCUGCUGGAACUGACCCCAACAUGGCCGACAAUGGGGACCUGGACCUGGGCCCAGUAGAGACAGAGCCGCCGUAUGCCUCACCUAAAUACCUCCGCAACUUCACUCUCACUGUCACUGACUUUUACCGCAGCUGGAACUCUGCUCCGGGGCCUUUCCAUCUUUUCCCACACACACCAUUUGACCCUGUGUUGCCCUCAGAGGCCAAGUUCUUGGGCUCAGGGACUGGAUUUCGGCCUAUUGGUGGUGGAGCUGGGGGCUCUGGCAAGGAGUUUCAGGCAGCGCUUGGAGGCAACGUGCCAAGAGAGCAGUUCACAGUGGUGAUGUUGACUUACGAGAGGGAGGAGGUACUCAUGAACUCUUUAGAGAGACUGAAUGGCCUCCCCUACCUGAACAAGGUGGUAGUGGUGUGGAAUUCCCCCAAGCUGCCCUCGGAGGACCUUCUGUGGCCUGACAUUGGAGUGCCCAUCAUGGUGGUCCGGACUGAGAAGAACAGUCUGAACAAUCGCUUCCUGCCUUGGAAUGAGAUUGAGACGGAGGCCAUCUUGUCCAUCGACGAUGACGCCCACCUCCGCCAUGAUGAGAUCAUGUUUGGCUUUAGGGUGUGGAGAGAAGCGCGGGACCGCAUUGUUGGCUUCCCUGGCCGGUACCAUGCAUGGGACAUCCCUCACCAGUCCUGGCUCUACAACUCCAACUACUCCUGUGAGCUGUCCAUGGUGCUGACGGGUGCUGCCUUCUUUCAUAAGUAUUACGCCUACCUGUAUUCGUAUGUGAUGCCCCAGGCCAUCCGAGACAUGGUGGACGAAUACAUCAAUUGUGAGGACAUUGCCAUGAACUUCCUUGUCUCCCAUAUCACUCGGAAACCCCCCAUCAAGGUGACCUCCCGCUGGACUUUUCGAUGCCCAGGGUGCCCUCAGGCCCUGUCACAUGAUGAUUCCCACUUCCAUGAGCGGCACAAGUGUAUCAACUUCUUUGUCAGGGUGUACGGCUACAUGCCUCUGCUGUACACGCAGUUCAGGGUGGACUCUGUGCUGUUCAAGACGCGCCUGCCGCAUGACAAGACCAAGUGCUUCAAGUUCAUCUAGGGGCACCGCGAGCUGGGGAAAGGGCAGGCAGAGCAAGGGAGGUGGCUUCCAAGGUCCCAGGCACUGAAGGACCUUGGAGACAUCUGCUGGGUGGGUGGCCCACACCUCUGCUAAGGAGAGGCAGCAGGAAGAGUGGAGGGCAAAGGGCUGCCUUUAUCAUGAAGUCGGCCACACUGGGCCUGGAACCCGGGUCAGCAGAUCGGGGCUUCCACACAGGGCACUGAUGAUAGCGUACACUGAGGACCACGGGGACUCAGAGAGUCACUCGUGAGUUCAUAAGCCCAGGACAGGUGGUUUGAGGUUUUUAAAUUCAGUAACAGCUAUUAUUAUU